CAGCUGGGGAGCAGAGCCAGGCUAGGCAGUUUCUACAGCCAGAUGCAGAUGCACAGAGCAGGUGAAAGGACGCUUCUGGCAGGAAAGCAUGGAGCCAGGCGGGAGAUGGGUCACUGCCCUUUUGGCCCUGAUGCUUUGGCCCUUGGGCUCAACGCAAGGGAGCGCUGGAAACCUUGGUGCUCACUUCAACAGCAAAGUUACUUUUCUUCUGGCUAAGGAGCCCCUGGACCCCAAGUGUUUCACACAACAGCUGGAAGAUCUGACCUGUUUCUGGGAAACGUCUGAACCAGCAACAGAGCAAAACAGUCCGGCCACAUACACUUUUGCCUACAAGUUUCAGGAGGACACAUCCACGAAGACCUGCAAUUUGACUGUGACACAUACAACUUUGAAUAAAACGUGCUACAUCUGCUUCUUUCCACGGCAAGAUGUUUCAGCCUUCAGCCCCAUGGAGAUCAAUAUCUUUGAUGCACGUUUGCCAAACAACACCCUGCACAGCAGAGACAUCUAUGUGGAAAAACUAAUUUUCUUAGAUCCCCCUUCUAACCUGAGUCUGCAGCCACUGGAGUCAGCAAGGCAGGUCAAUCUGAGUUGGCUGCCUCCUCCUGUUGCACAUAUGGGCAACAACCUCCGCUAUGAGGUGGCCAUCUCCCCAAAGGGUUACAAAACCCGGCAGGUGGAGAGUAUCACUGGACAGACAUAUUACCUCAUGUACUUGAAAAGCGGAACCCACUACACAUUUUCUGUGAGGGUCAAGGCUAGUGGAGCCAGCUAUGAUGGCUACUGGAGCGCAUGGUCAGAGACUACAUCGGUGGAGAUACCAAAUGAUCUGGACCCCCUCAUUCUGACACUGUCUGUCAUCCUGGUGCUGAUUGUUCUGCUCUUGGCUUUUAUCACUCUGAUGUCUAACCGCAGAUUUUUGAAGAAGAAGAUGUGGCCUGUGAUCCCCACUCCAGAGCAUGAAUUCAAAGAUCUUUUUACAAUCUACAAGGGCAACUUCCAGCUAUGGAUGGGGCACCAGAACAUCUAUCUAUGGUGGAGCCAUAAUCCCCUUUAUCUGGAAGAACAGCCAUUCAUGGUGGAGAUAUUAUCUGACUGUGAUGGCCGCAAGGUGGAUGACCCUCUUCCACCUCCUCUUCCACCCAAGACUCACAACAUGAUGGAGCUUUUUGCUACUCCAGAGGUAUCCCAGGAUGAUUACCUAGUACUGGAUGAAGACUUGGUGCCAGGCUGCUCAGGAGGGGAUGGAUCCCUGCUCUUGCCAGACAAUGACAGCAGUGAGGGGACAGAUGUGGCCCUGGCUAGGACAGCGCUGAGGUCCCCAGAACCCAGCCAAACAUCCUCCAGCUUUGAGUACAUUGUCUUCGAUCCCAGCUCAGAAGGCCUAUCUCCUCAGAGUCACCACCAGAAAGAGCUCCAGCUUCGGAGCAGCUACCAGAUGGUGUCCGACUCUGGAAUUUCUGCCGACUACAGCCUCAUGGAUUCCAGCCCUGGCCAGAUGAGCUUAUACACCAACCUCUGUGAUGGGGGGCCACAGCCAUUCUUGCCCAGCUAUAUUGUGUGCUCAUAAUGACCGUGUGAGUCUGGAGUAUCAACCCCCAACUCCAAACAAUGGAGGCAGCAAGAUAACAAGCUCAGAAGUCUGGCAACUUCCUCUCCAGGUUGUAGCAACAUGCUACAGAGGAAGCUAAUGGAAAACGCUAUGGGCUGCUUCAAAGGUCCCAACAGCCAAACAGCAGAAAGGUUUUCAAUAUGGAUAGGAAGGUAACAAUGACUGGACAAUGGAUUAAGAUAGUACAGAGAAAACACUUUGGGUGCAUUUGCUUCCACAAUUCAUCCAUGAUCCUUUGAACAGUUCUUCAUAACACUUGAAAGUACUACAUCAUUUUUACCUUGAUGUCAACACAGACAAGCCCAUUCUAUAAAGGUGACAAGCAGUGGCUGAGCCCAAAAGGUUGUUCUGUGAGUUUGUGGCAUGGACUGGGAACUGUGCACACCCUCCUGCCAACCAACCCACAUACAGUACUUAUCGACACCAGCAUGCACAGGAGUGAGGUUGGAUGUGUCGCCUGAUGACAUGCCAGUGCACAGGAAACUUUGGUUCAGCACUUUUUUCUACUAGAGUUUUGGUCAUUUUACUUUUGUGAAAUGUAUUCUUGGCUAAGUAUUAUAGAGAGACAUGUUUCAUACACAAUUGGGCUGAGUCUAUGACCCAAGAUUGUGAGGAAGAAGAGCAAGCUGUCUUACACUAGGUCACACCUUGGCUCACCUAGCCCAUUAUUUUCAACUUUGUCUGGCAGUGGCUGUCUUGGAUUUCAGGCAAGAUUAUCACCAUCUAGGCCAAGAUGCUCGGGACUGAUCCUGCAAUCUUCUGAAUGCGAAGCAUCUGCUUUGCCACUAAUCUAUUCUCCCUUGUUAGUACUGUACUAAUAGUCCUCAUGUCUCCCACUCCCCUCUGCUGCCCAUAAGUAUUAGCCAUGGCCAGACAUCUCCAAGUUUCAGACAGCGAAUGGAGUCCGGGGUUAGGAAAACAUGGAGGACUGGCUGCAACCUAAGAAUCUCCAUUCUACUACAAUUCAAUGAGUGGCUUUGGCUUUUACACUUAUAGUAUGGUGUUAAAAAAAUACUGACUCAAACGCGAAUAAGCUAUCUGCUUGAAUAAGCACUGUAACCUCUCAUGAGAGAAGAGGAUGAAUACUGAGAGAAUUGCAUAGGUACUCUCUCUGCUGUUUACUGCCUCAGAAGGUGGCUAAUACAUAACAUCACUCUGAUUUGUCUGCCCAAGAGAGAAUUGUGCCAUUCACCUUAUUCUGAUAGUACUGGGCAAGAUCCUAGAUUUUGCUGGUGUUAUUUGAACUAUCCUCUAAAGAGUAUGAUCAGCAUGUGACAAUUGAAAUGAAACUGUAUUUGUUUCACCACUGAGAUUAUAAUUACCGUAAACUCUUAUAAAUAGGUCUACAUAGGAACUUUUUCUAAUUAUGUACCAUAAUUCAGAUUGAAUAUUUUUAAUACUUUGAAGGGUUUUUUUAAUUAAAAAAAU